UCCGCGCCUUUCGCACCUGAAGAGCCGCCCCGCCUGCAGCGCCUCCGAGCCCCCCUCCCUCCCUCCCCCGAUGCUGCCUCUCGGGCCCGCAAGCGUCCCCGGGCCGAGCUGGGGAGGGUCCCGCUGCAGCCCCGCCUGCGGCCGCCGCCUCCUCCUCCUCCUCCGCUUCGCCUGGGCCAGCUCCGGCUCCCUCGCCUGCUCCGGCCGGGCGUAAACAAGCCGGAGCUCCGCACACCUGCGGCCGCCAGCAACGCCGCCCCGCGCCAGAUGAUGGCGAUCAGUUCUGUGUCCUUCUUCAGGUAGGACAAAUGCCUCGGUCGAAGGAGGUGAAUGAGCUGGCCGGCCACUCCUGAAGAAGCAGGUGAAGGUCAUCACUCAGCAUCUAUGUUUCCAUCUUGGCACCGAAACUCAGAGACUGGCCUUGCCUUGGGAAGGAAUCCGACAUAAGAGGGGACGAUGUAUACCUUUCUACCAGAGAACUUCACUCCGGUGAAGCAGAAGCCAGUCAAGGAACUGAAGCCUAUGAUCGGGGCCAUCGUGGUGGGCCUCAUUUUGUUCAUUGCCGCCGUGGUGGCGUGGUGCUACUACGUGGCGUCCCUUCGGAAGGCAGAGAGGCUCAAGACAGUGGAGCUGGAUUUGCGGCAGGACGGCUUCACCAUCAAGAACCAGAAUGGCGAGCUGGUUUUCAAGGUGGCCUUCCAGUCGGGGCUCCUGGACCUGGAGUCCUGCUCCAGGGAAGGGGCCAAUUUAACCUGCACGCGGACCGACAGAGGGAAAGUCAACUUCUUCAUCAAGAUUGUCAACCCCAAGGACACCGUGAUCUGCUACCGGGUGCGCUGGGAAGAGUUUGUGGCGGAAACGGUGGUGGAUCAUAAAAUGUUCUGGGGAGAUGCCCUCUGGUAUGGUGGCUGUGAGAUGAGUGUCCAGCAUUGGCCGAUCAAGCUGCCCGGAUACCAGGAACCCAUGCCUUUUGUGACCAGCGAUGUCUAUUCUUUUAGGAACAGUUUUGGAGGCAUCUUAGAGAGGUACUGGUUGUCUUCCAAAGCUGCGGCCAUCAAGAUCAAUGAUUCGGUGCCCUUCCACCUUGGGUUCAACGCCUCGGAGCCCUCCCUCGUCUUCCAAGCCAGGUAUAAAGACUCACCUUACAAACCUCCAUUGGGUCAGCAGCCUUUUCCUGAACUGAGUUACCGGGUCUGCAUAGGUUCCGACGUCACCUCCAUCCACAAAUACAUGGUGCGGAAGUAUUUCUACAAGCCGUCCAAGAUACCUUCAAGAAACGCCUUCAGGUACCCCAUCUGGUCCACCUGGGCCUUGUACAAAAACGACAUUGACCAGGAGAAACUCCUGCGGUUUGCCAAAAACAUCAAGAAGUACAAGUUCAACUGUAGCCAUAUCGAGAUUGACGAUACCUACACCCAGGCGUACGGCGACUUCGACUUUGACGCAGCCAAGUUCCCCAACAUGACUGAAACCUUCAAGAAACUCCGAGAGGACGGCUUUCAGAUCACCCUCUGGACUCACCCAUUCAUCAAUUAUAAUUCCUCGAAUUUUGGGGUGGGGAUAGAGAAACAGCUGUUCAUCAAGGAACCCACCGGGCGGCUGCCCGCCAUGGUGGAGUGGUGGAACGGUAUCGGCGCCAUCUUGGAUUUCACCAACCCUGCAGCCCGAGAUUGGUUCCAGAGCCAGCUGAGACAACUCCGCAAUAAAUACGGCAUCUCCUCCUUCAAAUUUGAUGCCGGAGAGACCAGCUACCUUCCAAAACAGUUUAGCACCUUCCGACCUUUGUCGGAUCCCAGUGUCUGGUCCAGGCGCUACACAGAAAUGGCCAUUCCGUUUUACGAACUAGCGGAAGUCAGGGUGGGCUAUCAAUCGCAGAACAUCUCGUGUUUUUUCAGGAUCAUUGACCGGGAUUCCGUGUGGGGCUACGAACUUGGCCUGAAGUCUUUGAUCCCCACCGUCUUGACAAUCAGUAUGUUGGGGUACCCGUUCAUAUCGGCCGACAUGAUUGGAGGGAAUUUCUUCCCAAACAAAACUGACGGGGCUCUGGAAAUCCCCGACCGGGAACUCUACAUCCGUUGGCUGGAGUUGUCCGCCUUCAUGCCGUCCAUGCAGUUCUCCAUCCCGCCUUGGCUCUACGAUAAGGAGGUCAUCGAAAUCGCCCUGAAGUUCACCAAACUUCACGAGUCCUUGGUGGCCCCUCUCUUGCUGGAACUGGCCGGGGAGAUCACCAACACCGGGGAUCCCAUCAUACGGCCGAUCUGGUGGAUCUCUCCCGGGGACGAGUCUGCUCACAAGAUCGAUUCCCAGUUUCUCAUCGGAGACACCUUGAUGGUGGCCCCCGUUUUGGAGCUGGGGAAACAGGAACGGGACAUCUACAUCCCGGCGGGCAAAUGGCGGAGUUACAAAGGAGAGCUGUUUGAGAAGACUCCCACCUUGAUCACGGACUACCCCGUGGAUCUGGAUGAAGUGGCUUACUUUGUCUGGGUCUCCUAAGCUGCCUCCGUGGACGUGUGUACUGAUCACAAGAGUCACCUUGCCUUAUUCUGAUCAUCCUAACCCCAAAUAAUUCUAAUCAGUUCAUAAGGUCGACAGGGAAAAUGGAACACGGUUUGCCCAUCAAUUCUUCGAAGCAAAAUUGAAUGACGGGCGUGCAAUUAAACAGCUGCUAAAAGACGAAUAUCGGUAGUCCUCUACUUACGACCACAAUUGAGCCCGAAAUUUAUGUCACUGAACGAGACAGUUUAGUGUUAAGUGAGUUUUGGCCCCAUUUACGACAUGUCUCGGCUCGGUUGUUAAGCGAAUCACUGCCAUUAGCUAAUAGCGGUUGUUAAAUGAAUCCAGCUUCGCUAUUGCUUGUCAGAAGGUCGCAAAAGGGAAACUGCUACUGUCAUAAGUAGAUGCCAGUUGCCAAGCAUCCAAACUUUUAUCACGAGACUGUGGGAAUGCUGUGGUUAUAAAUGUGAGAAAAAUGGUCCUAAGCCACUUUUUUCAGCGCUGUUAUAACUUUGAACGGUCACUGAGGGAAUUGUUGUAAGUCGAGGACUACCUGUAUGGUCACCAGAUUUGCACCCAGCAGCAAAAGGCCUCAUUUGGACGCUGUGAACCGCUGUUUCUGAAUUGUGUGUGUAUUUGCACUCAAACGGUUGUCUUCCGUUUUUUUCCAAGAUGCGGGGUAUAACGUCAAAAUAGUGAUUUAUCGAUCAUUUCGCCUUCUAGGGUUUCUGGAUGGUUUAACAUCAUGAGGUGUGAAAAAGAGGAGGGAUUUUAUUAGAAGCUGCCGAGAAUUUGCCCCCAAACGGGUUUUAAAGAGCAGCGAAAAGAAACUUUGGAAAAGAAACUUUGGAAAAAUGUAUAAGAAUGUCAGCUUAACUCGGAUGAACCGUAUUGCUUUUAAAUUGGGAAGGCAUCUAAUAUUGCUCCAACCAAAGCUGUCUGCAGGGAGGGAGAGGUUACAAAAGAAAUCAGGAAGGGAGGUCACACAUACAUGAUCAAAAAACACCUCGUUUUUUUUACACGUGUGACACAUGCAACACAGCUAGUCCUCGACUUAUGACCACAAUUGAGCCCCAAAUUUCCCUUGCUGGGCGAGACAGUUAAAUGAGCUUUGCCCCUUUUUACGACCGUUCUUGCCACUGUGGUUAAGUGAAACACUGCAGUUGUUAACUCAGUCACACGGCUGUUAAGUGAAUCUGGCUUCCCUGUUGAUUUUGCUUGUCAGAAGGUCAUAAAAAAGGAUCGGAACCCCUGGACACUGCAACCGUCAUAAGUACAUGCCAGUUGCCAAUCCUUUGUAUUUUGAUCACGUGACCGAAAGGAGGCUACAACGGUCAUAAGGGUGAAAACGGUCAUAAGUCACUUGUAACUUUGAACGGUCACUAAACCAGGAGUCUGCAAACUUAGCUCUUUUAAGACUUGUGGACUUCAACUCCCAGAGUUGAAGUCCAUAAGUCUUAAAAGAGCCAAGUUCUUCAGACCCCUUCACUAAACGAAUUGUUGUAAGUCGAGGAAUACCUCUGCGUGUAAAAAGCUGGGUUUCACACGAUGAGGACUACCAACCUGACUUUUCAAAUCCGUCCCUUGGCUACAGCACAAGCAGCCUUAAGUUUUAAAAUACCGUAAGCUAUUAUUUGAAAUGAGCUUUGUUUUCCUAAAGGGAAUAAAUCGAAUUAAUACAGGGAUAUAUUUAUAGAAAUGCAGGGAUAUUUCCCUCUCUGAUUUUCGGAGGAGGCUGCUAUCCAAGAAAUGAACUAGCCACAUAGGCAGUGGUGGGAUUCAAAUAAUUUAACAAUCCGUUUGCCUGAACUGACUGAAUCCCACCUCUGCACGUAGGUUUGAUUAAAAGCCUGGGCUGGUUCCUUGGCUCUAGGCUUUGGGAAAGAUAGAAAGGCUGUGGAUUCGCCUUAUAUUUUCCAGUUUUGCACCUCAAAGGCUUUUAAAGAUGGCUUCAGUUGUGUGGAAUUCUGGGGCUUGUAGUUCCAACACACCUGGAAGGCUACCUGUUGGGGAGAGAUUCAUUUCUUUGUCCCUCCCUCUUUCUCAUCCAGGUAAUUUGUGUCUUUCUCAUCCAGGUAAUUUAACCCACAAAAAUCCAUCCAUGCACAAUAGAGUUAGAAUUUCACCCAACAACAUCUGGUAAGUUCAAAUUUAGAAGAGAAUAUUUGUAGCUCUGGGUUCAACCGUGGUGCUCUCUUGAGUUUGAUUAUUUUCUUGCAGAUGUUUCACAACCCAACUUGGGAACAUCCAUCAGUGUCAGGAUGGAAGGUGGGUUAAUCUCUGUUUAUAUACAGGUGGCUUGCCUUGUCAGUGUUGGUUGUUGUUUUCUUCUUAGUGGUUCCUUGACUAAGCUGUUGUUCUCUGUUACCUUGUCUGUUGAUCCACAGGCACAUAGAGAUAAAUAGCAUCUACACACCAUUCAAAAGAUUAAAAAGAUAGAAAGGAAACAAAAAGAUCAAAACAAAUCCUUACCAGUGAUCAAUUCUCAGAUAAACAGAGAUAAACACAAAGAUUACUACUAGACCAACAAUCAAGAAGUAAACAAUAUCCCAGUCAAGGAACCACCAACUCAGACAAACAAUCUAACAAUAUAACGCUCGCACCAACACUGACAGGACAAGCCAUCUGUACAUAAACAGAAUGCAAACCCCACUCUCUUUUUGCACUGAUAAAGUUACCUAGUUGGGUAAUGAAAAGUCUGCUAGUAAAUCACCUACUUCAGAGAGCACUAAGGACCACACAGUCCUCCUCCUUUUUUUUUUAAAUUUGCAUUUAUAUCCCGCCCUUCUCCGAAGACUCAGGGCGGCUUACACUAUGUUAAGCAAUAGUCUUCAUCCAUUUGUAUAUUAUAUACAAAGUCAACUUAUUGCCCUCAGCAAUCUGGGUCCUCAUUUUACCUACCUUAUAAAGGAUGGAAGGCUGAGUCAACCUUGGGCCUGGUGGGACUUGAACCUGCGGUAAUUGCAAGCAGCUGUGUUAAUAACAGACUGUCUUAGCAGUCUGAGCCACCAGAGGCGGCUCCUCCUCCUCUCUGCAAACUCUACUCCCUUCUAGCACUGAUGAUGUUACCUAGUUGGGUCAUGAAACAUCUGCAAGAAAACAACCAAGCUCAGGGAGCACCAAGAGCCCCACAGUUCUCCUCCUCCUCUCUGCGAACCCUACUCCUUUCUAGCAUUGAUGAUAUUACCUAGUUGGGCCAUGAAACGUCUGUAAAAAAAAACCAGCCAAGCUCAAAAACCAUCAAGGACCCCACAGUCCAACCCUGAGCUGCAAAUAUUCUCAUCCAUCCAUAGAAUAACUCAAUUCUUGCUGUACCAAAAAGGGAGAAUUAUGCGUUCUCUUUCUGGAAGACAAAUGUAAUUUCGUGCAGCCCGGAUACUAUUCAGGUUUCGAUUAAACUUGGCAAGAAUCUUCAUUUGAUGAUGUCUUUCGGCAUUCAGGAUUUAACUUCCCAUUGGCCUACCUGUCAUUCUGGGGUAACUCUGCCAUCCUUGGAAAAACGAAUGAAAGGUAUUAUUUUCAUUUCUCCUUGAGCCUCAAAUGUCUUGACAAUCUCCCCCUCGCAUUCCAUUCCUUCAGAAAGUACCAUAACUAGAUUGUUGAAAUCCAAAAUAUACCUAGAUGACCGCAAGGAGUCUGAGAAGAUUACAGCUAGUCCUCAACUUACGACCGCAAUUGAGCCCCAAAUUUAUGUUGCUCAGUGAGAAAUUUCUUCAGUGAGUUUUGAGCCAUUUUACGACCUUUCUUGGCAUCAUUGUUAAGUGAACCACUGAAAUUGUUAAGUUAGUAACGAAGUAACAUAGUUAUGUAAAUCUGGCUUCCCCACUGAAUUUGCGUGUCAGAAGGUCGCAAAAGCGGAUCACGUGACCCACCCACCCCAGGGCACUGCGACCGUCGUAAGUAUGAACCAGUUGCCAUGCGUCUGAAUUUUGCUCACGUGCUCAUGCUGCAAUGGUCACAAGUCUGAAAAAACGGUCAUAUGAGUCACGUUUUUCAGUGCCAUUGCAACUUUGAAUGGUCACUGAACAAACUGUCGUAAGUCGAGGACUACCUGUAAUGUCCUGUUGUCGUCUUGCCCAUGUCUAGGGUGCUGCACUUCUUAUUACAACUGUGCAAAUUUAGGACUUGCAAAGCAAUGCAACAGAAAAAAAUACAGAUCCCCGUCUAGGAAUGGAGAAGGUUGAGGAAACCAAAAAUAGGGUAAGUCAAGUGUGAAGAUGCUGAAUUGGGAAGAUGACAUUUUAGUUAAAAUGAAAUUUCUUGUGGGUCUAAUCGCAGUUGGCCAAAUAAAAUAUUUGGUUCAAUCCAAGUGGGGAGGAGAGAAAGGAAGGGGUGUAUGGUUAUGGGUUGUAGAGGAAAAAAAUGGAAAAGGAAUAUAUUUUCUUUCUUUGUCAUAAAAUUAAAACCCCGUUGAGUCAUUUAUUCAUGUUUUUAUGGGGAAGGGUGAAGACUUGUAAUCUGUCCAGAGAACUUUUGUCUUAUCAGGUGGAUCAGAAGUUUAAUAAAUAAUAAUAAUAAUGUUAA